AUGUACGAAGGGAUUGACAACCUGAAAUCCCUUUACGACCGUGCCGGGAAGACUUUCUCCGGCGGUCCUUCUGCGGCACAGGAUGUGUCGCGUCGUACUGCUCGACCAGACCCAGUACGUCAACCAUCAAUUGGGAGCGGGGCUCCCAAGAAUCCCAGGACUGGGGAUAGCCGCGCCACCGGACGAGGUAACUCGUCCGACGUCCGUUCACGUCGCGGUGGUUCAACAGCUGCUCAACUAGAUAGCGCUGGCCACCGCGAGAGUCCUCUAAUGGAGGUGGAGGAGGAGGAAAGACGCUCUCCACACGAUCAUGUGGAUCGGUGUGUUCCCGAGAGCUUCUUUGAUCGCGUAACGCAAGGGUUACGCGACGAUCUCGAGCAUGAGCGGGACAGGCGUCUCCAGAUGGUGGACACUGCCUCGAAGCAUCGAGCUGAGUUUGCCUUUGCUCAGCUUGAGAACGAGAGAUCUCUGACAUCUCUUCGUGACGAGCUAAGGGUAGCUCGUGGGAUUGUUGAUCGGUCUCGGGCUGAGAUAACUGCUCUUCAGACCCUUGUUGAUGCCCACCAUCGGGAGCACAAGGCUCUCUGCGAGAUGCUUGAGCGCAAGGGCGUUCUUCAUCGGAAGAAGCAGCGUACUGAUGGUACGGCUUAA